UUCUGAUAAAAAAAUAUCAGCUAAAUACAAAUCAGUGUUUAAACUUGUGUUUAAAUCUAUUUUUUGAUCUUGAUAGUAUUGAUUAAGAAGGUUAAAUAACCUAAUUGAUUUAUCAUAAAAUAUUUUUUAAUAUGCCAAAUGCAUGGACCGAGGAUGAUACCGAGAAAUUAAUAGCACUUUAUGGACAAUAUCAAUGUUUGUGGAAUCCAUUCCAUCCCGAGUUCAAUAACAAAUCGUUGCGUUACGAAGCGUAUAAGAAGAUAAAAAAUUCCAUUAAUAUUCCUGGAUUAACAAUAUGUGAUUGUAUUAAUAGGAUUGCGAAUGUAAAAAAAGAAUAUUGUUAUGAACUAUCAAAAAUCGCUGCAGCUAUAUCUUGCGAAAAAUUAUACGUUCCAAAAGCGAAAUGGUUUAAAAGAAUGCAUAUACUUUUCUUCCCGUACAUGUCAUUAUCUCAUAAUAAUUUUAGAAAGCAAGAUGACAACCAUAAGAAAUUUCAUGGUAGCAAUAUUCAAGAUAAAUUUUUGCAUUCAUCUUUUGAGAAAUCAGAGAACAAACAGAUUUGUUCAAAUAAUACCUGUGGAAUGUGUGAACUCCAAGAGAUUGAGUUGUGUUUAAAAUUGAGAGAUACCGUUCAUUCUGUUCAGAAAUUGCAAGAUGCUCUCGUCCCUUCUGCAACUAUCCAAACGGUUGAUGUAGCGACAGAAACGAGUAAUGGUACCGUAGAACAAGAAACGCAAACGGAUUUGCUCCAUGGGCGAAAAUACAUCGCAGGCGACAAUGAAGGAAAACAGGAUCGUUCUACAUGCACAAAUAUUCCUAUAGAAGUGUAUGGCAGAAAAAAAAUUGAAGAUAACUUUGAUAUAUUCGGGAAAAGCAUAGCGUUUCAAUUACGAACUAUUGAUAUUCAGACAGCUAUGGAAUUGGAAAAGGAAAUACAAAAUUUGGUAACAAAAGCGCGAUUAAAAAUUUUAGAAUCUAAAUUAAUGGAUCAAAGUAACAAUUCAAUCUGCUGUUGCGAUUGUAAUUACUGUCAAGUAAUGUGUAAAAAUGAAACUUGUAGCUGUGGUCUAACAUUAAAGGAAUGUUUAUUACUUGCUAAAAUUAAAGAAAGCAAGGAUUAUGGUAGAUUUUGUUACAAGUAAUAGACGAGAAUAGAAUAA